UGGAGGAGCUGCUGCUGUUGCUGGGGCCCGAGGUGGGACGCGCCAGAGCGGGGCCGCCGGGACUGAGCGAGCGUCAGACGCGCCACCCGCCGACUCCGCAGCCAUUUGGGGCCCGCACGGACCCUCUACCUGAGAACUUCUUCGUUGCCUUCUAAAGUAUUCCAAAGAUUCAAGUCGUGACUCCGAGGGUUUCUUAGAAAGUUGUCCAGUCCAGCACUCUCUUUUAAAGAAACAUCCAGUUCAUCUUGAGAAUUUAUAAUUCUGUGUUGGAACUGGCUUCUGCACUAUGCUGAUGUGUAGAAUGAGCCAAGGAGAUUCAAACCCAGCAGCUAUUCCACAUGCAGCGGAGGAUGUUCAAGGAGAUGACAGAUGGAUGUCUCAGCACAACAGAUUUGUCUUGGAUUGUAAAGACAAAGAACCCGAUGUACUGUUUGUAGGAGACUCCAUGGUACAGUUAAUGCAGCAGUAUGAGAUAUGGCGAGAGCUUUUUUCCCCACUUCAUGCACUUAAUUUUGGAAUUGGGGGAGAUACGACAAGACAUGUUUUAUGGAGACUAAAGAAUGGAGAACUGGAAAACAUUAAACCUAAGGUCAUUGUUGUCUGGGUGGGAACAAACAACCAUGAAAAUACAGCAGAAGAAGUAGCAGGUGGUAUCGAGGCCAUUGUACGACUUAUCAACACAAGGCAGCCACAAGCCAAAAUCAUUGUAUUGGGUUUAUUACCUCGAGGUGAGAAGCCCAACCCUUUGAGGCAAAAGAAUGCCAAGGUGAACCAACUUCUCAAGGUUUCUUUGCCGAAGCUCGCCAACGUGCAGCUCCUGGAUACAGAUGGGGGCUUCGUGCACUCGGACGGUGCCAUCUCCUGCCAUGACAUGUUUGAUUUCCUGAAUCUCACAGGAGGGGGCUAUGCAAAAAUCUGCAAACCCCUCCAUGAACUGAUCAUGCAGUUGCUGGAGGAAACACCAGAGGAGAAACAGACCACCAUUGCCUGACUGACCCCCAUCAGUGUUAAUAGUAUCCCAGCUUCCUCAGAUCAGUUAUAUCACUGGCACUACAGAAUCCUCUUUCUUAAGGCACUUUGCAUUGUAGGAUGUUCCUGGAUGCUCGUAUCUAGUGUUUGAAGGGGAGGAGGGAUUUAAAUUGGUCCUGUAUAUAGAAGGUUUGUUUGACACAGGAGAAAAAUUAGCCAAGGAAGAUUGUUAUUUAAAUUCAUUUGAAACCAGAAGGGGACUUUUAGUUGUAUAUGUGACACCUUCAUUGAAUUAUCACUUUUCCUAGAACAUCAUCAAGCCCACAUACUGAAAAAUAUAAAGUUUUUUUUCUUGGC